UUGUGCGUUUUAAAAGUCCAAUAGAUAGACUAUCAGCUUUUUUUUAUCCGAAUUAAUGGCGGUGGUGGUCCGUUGCUCCUGCUUCCUUACUCAUUCCGUUGGUAACUCCCGGCGAAUUCCACCAUCCGAUCAAUUUUCCGUCAAAGCCUAUCUCCCUGGGAAGUUUACUACUCUUUCGUUUAAGGCGGAAAAGUUAAUAUCAUCAUUUGCACGAUGUUCUAAUGAAUCAUUUGAGAUACACCAUCUAUCAUCUAUCACAAAUUGUCAGGGAAAUAUACAGAUCAAUUUCCCAGCUAUGGCAUUUUGUAUCAGUAAUGCCUUGAUGUUCACUGUACCUUUUAAAGCUCUGGCAGAAACUUGUGAGGCUGAAAACUCUCUUUUCAACAUGCCUAUACUGCUAUCUGUAGCCCUUAUAGGUGCUACUGUUGGAGGAUUGCUUGCUCGGCAAAGGAGAGGAGAACUAGAACGACUGAAUGAACAGUUACGCCAAAUAAAUCAAGCUCUAAGAAGGCAAGCAAAGAUUGAGUCCUAUGCUCCUAGCUUGAGCUAUGCUCCUGUUGCUGGAAGAAUAUCAGAAAAUGAAGUCAUCGUUGAUCCUAGGAAGCAGGAGUUGAUUUCUCGUUUGAAGUCUGGGAAGAAUUUUUUGAGGAACCAAGAAUUAGAGAAAGCAUUCACAGAGUUCAAGACAGCUCUUGAGCUUGCUCAAGAUGUGAAGGAUCCCAUUGAGGAAAAGAAGGCUGCAAGAGGUUUAGGAGCUUCACUGCAAAGACAGGGUAAAUAUCGGGAAGCAAUUAAAUACCAUUCUAUGGUUUUGGCAAUCUCUGAACGGGAGAGGGAGGACUCAGGAAAUACAGAAGCUUAUGGAGCAAUAGCUGAUUGUUAUACCGAGCUUGGAGAUCUUGAGCGUGCAGGGAAAUUCUAUGACAACUAUAUUGCAAGGUUGGAAUCCGACUGAUCGGCUUGGUCAAAUUUAUUAUUCUUAUCUAGAGUAAUAUCAAGUCGAGAUUGAAUUAGAGGGUGUCAAUGGCUAAAUGCCAAUCAGUAAUCUGCGGAGCUUCUCAAUUUUGCUUUCAUUUCAAAUUAUGAGUAUUUAACAUUUUGUUGUAAACAAGUGUAACCUCUAGGACAUCGUACUUGUUGCUUAAUUAUGUUGGAAAAAAAAGCUAUGAAUUCUGCAAGUGUACGAAUAGGGUUGAGCUGUAAUUAUUCCUCUAUUUUUCUAGUUA